GAAUGUAGUAAGCACACGCUCCGUAGUUAUUUUCAAUGCCUGUCGUUUUUGUUAUUAAGUAAUUCUACUUCACAUCAUAUGAGUCUGUAACUUUUAAACUGGAAUAGUAAAUUGUCUCGGUCUAAUUAAUCUGCAAAAUGCCGGAGUUCAUUUCGGUCGACGAGUUUAUCGCCGAAACCUUGGAGGAUUACAGCUCUCCAACCACCUCCUCUUUCACCACGAAAAUGUCAAGUUGCAGAAAUACCGUGAAUAACAUCGAAGAGGCCCUGGAUUGUGACAGGACAAUCCUACAGAAAAUGAAGAAAGCUGCCAAAGCCAAGCACGCCUCAGGUCAAGACCACAUCUCUCAUCUGGAGCUGUACAUCAGCUCCAUGGAGAAACUGGCUGUGAACUUCCGCAGCAACGGAGAGCAGGAAGUGGCCUCUGCGUUUAAUAAGUUUGCUGAAUUCUCCAAAGAGCUGUUAACGCCCAUGAAGAACUUGUUAAAGAGCAUGCUUCACAACAUCAACUUCUUUCUGGACUCACUGGUCAAAGGGGAUCUGAAAGAGGUAAAAGGGGACCUGAAAAAGCCGUUUGACAGAGCGUGGAGGGAUUAUGAAAAUAAGUUUACUAAGAUCGAGAAGGAGAAGCGGGAACUGGCCCGGCAGUACGGCAUGGUGCGGACGGAGGUGAGCGGGGGCGAGAUUGCCGAGGAGCUGGAGAAGGAGCGCAGGAUGUUUCAGCUCCAGAUGUGUGAGUACCUCAUCAAGGUGAACGAAAUCAAGACCAAGAAAGGGGUUGACCUUCUGCAGAAUCUCAUCAAGCACUACCACUCCCAGUGCAAUUUCUUUCAGGAGUGUCUGGCGGCCACGGAGAAGCUGAAGCAGUACAUCGACGCUCUGACCGGGGAGCUGAGCAGCAUCAAACACGGGCAGGACGAGGAGAAGAGACAGCUCUGCUCCCUGAGGGACCAGCUCCGACCCUCUCUGCAGCCAGAGCUGAAGGAGGACUCCCUGAGCAAACAGACGGUCUACAGCAUGCACCAGCUUCAGGGAAACAAACAGUAUGGUACAGAGAAAACAGGCUACCUUUACAAGAGGAGUGAUGGCCUGAGGAAGAUGUGGCAAAAGAGGAAGUGUGCUGUGCAGAACUGCUACUUGACGAUCGCACAUGGAACUCCCAACAAACCCCCAGCCAAACUCAACCUCCUCACGUGCCAGGUCAAACCCAGCCUGGAGGACAAGAAGUGCUUCGACCUCAUUUCUCAUAAUCGCACAUAUCACUUUCUCACUGACGAUGAGGCUGAAUGUGUUGCGUGGAUCUCAGUGCUAACCAACAGCAAACAGGAGGCCCUGAACGUGGCCUUGGACGAGCGCAGGCCCAGCGGGGAGAACAGCAUCGAGGACCUGACCAGGGCCAUAACCGAGGACAUCCGCCGCAUGCCCGGCAACAACGUGUGCUGUGACUGCGGGGCUCCAGACCCCACCUGGAUCUCCACCAAUCUGGGCAUUCUGACGUGUAUCGAGUGUUCUGGGAUCCACCGAGAGAUGGGAGUGCACUAUUCUCGCAUCCAGUCCCUGUCCCUGGACAAGCUGGGCACCUCCGAGCUGCUGUUGGCCAAGAAUGUGGGCAACUCAGGCUUUAAUGAAAUUGUGGAAGCCAACCUCCUCAGCCCCUCCCUGAAGCCAUCUGCCGAAAGUGACAUGUCCGUGCGUAAGGACUUCAUCCUCUGCAAGUACAUGGAGUGCCAGUUUGCCCGCCGCAGCGGCAGCUCCGCAGCAACGCUGCGGCGGAACCUGCAGGAGGCGAUACGCAGCCGGGACAUCUUCGCCCUGCUGCAGCUCUAUGCCGAGAGGAUGGACCUGGGCCAGCCGUUGCCCAACCCCCUGCAGGAUAAAGGGGAGACGGCGCUGCACCUGGCUGUCCUGUUGGCAGAUCGGACCUCACUGCACAUGGUGGACUUCCUGGUGCAUAACUGCAACAGCCUGGAUGCUCAGACUGUCAGGGGCAACACUGCUUUGCACUACUGUUGUUUACACAACAAAACAGAGUGCCUUAAACUGCUGCUACGAGCCAAGGUCAACACCCAUAUCAAGAAUGAGGUAGGGGAGACCGGCUUGGAUAUUGCUCGGAGAUUAAAGCACACACACUGUGAAGAGCUGAUAAACCAGGCCCAGAGUAACCAGUUCAACAUGCACGUGCAUGUGGAGUACGAGUGGAGGCUGCGGCAGGAUGACCUGUAUGAGAGCGACGACGACCUGGACGACAAGAUGGGUCCCGUGAAGAAAGAGCGUUCAAGCCGGCCAUUCAGCCUGUACCAGGCCCCCACCAGCGCUGCCCAACACGAACGAGGAGGAGGAGGUGGGGGAGGAGGAGGAAGCACAGCCCUUUUCACUGUGGGCCGCCGGCUGGCACUGGGCCGGGACCACAGGCGAGAGGCGUACGCUGUCCCCAACGCGCAGACGCGCAGUUUGGACAGUCCCCCACCGCCCCCUCCCUCCUCUCCCGCUCCCCCGCUCCCACCCAGACUGAGAGUGCCAAACGUCCCCCCUCCUCCUCCCCCCGUCAGCCCCCCGGAGGGCUGGGGGGACAGCAUGAGCAAGAAGAGGACCCCCCCUCCGCCCCUCACCAUCCGCCACAAGCGCACCUACUCUGAGCCGUCUCCCCAGGUGCCCCACAGCCCCCACGCCUCGCGGCACACCGCCAUGGAUUACGGGGUUCCUGGCAACGCAAGGGGCUACGCCGGUCCGGAGUCGUCCUAUCAAAAAGCCGUCUCAGGGUCACCGAAAUACACUGUGACUGCUCUCAACUCCCUGUCUGAACUACCAGAGAGAGGGUUCAGAGCAGAUGGAGAGGGUAACUCAUCGCAGUACAUCUACCAGAUCCCUCACCCUAGCGGCCGAAACCCCCCCCUCAUCUCCCCCACCACCACUCGUUCCCUCAGCCUGGAGUCCAAUGGGGGCUCCUCCGGUCACCAGGGCAUGACCCCACACCCCUUGCCCAGGAAGGGACUGGCAAAACCCAAGGUGCGGCGGGUCAAAGCCAUUUACGACUGUGUGGCCGACCACCAUGACGAGCUGACCUUUAACGAGGGGGAGGUGCUUGUGGUGCUGGGAGAGGACGAUGCUGAUUGGUGGCAUGGGUACAUCGAAGGACAGCCACACAAGAAGGGGCUAUUCCCCGCAUCUUUUGUCCACAUCUUGUCCGAAUAAAUGUGACCAAAGGAACAGGUGUGGACCAAGACUGUUUUUUUUCCCCCCUGCCGCAACCGUUUCAGUGACUGUUUAACCUUACCCAGAUUGCCGGUGAGAGGCGUCACAUAACCAUGUCUGUUCCACUCGUUUGCGUGCCGUGAAUAAUUCAUUAUAUCCUAACGUGAGGUGUGAUGCCCCUUACAUCACUGUGGGGAGGUAUGAGACGGUCAAUGUAUAACAGCCUCUGCGCUCGUAUUGCCCACACAACGGUUCACGGCGCUGCUUGUUGUAAGUUCAUGUGCAGUCCUACUCUGGUAUUAUUUCGGAUUUGUGUCACGUCCUCCCGUUUGUAUUCCUCAUUAACCUGGUUUACGAUCUGUGAAAAGUGGCUGGAAGUACAGGCCCGACGAGAAGACUCGGGCAUUUCUCUCGUCUUAAUCCUCUGUGGCCGAUCGGAAAAGGGGUGUACUUUCAAACGAGGCCAUCUGAUUCAACAGACGUAAACGCGCCGUUUUGCAUUCCACGUUCGACCUAAAA